AUUCUCUUCACUCUCUUGGGAUUCGCGUUUAUCAAAAAGGUUCCUGAUCUGCUCCCCUCUUUUCGAUUUGUUUCAAAUUUUGAAUUCGGAUUUUUGAAUUUGGAUCUCUAUGUUGUGUCUCUUAUUCGAUUUGAUUGCUUACAUUGUUUCCUGCGAUUUGCCUGUAAGGAUCUCGAUUAUGUGAUUCUUGAUUUGUCUUUUUUUUUGGUUGAUCCGAUGCUGAAACGUUAUGAUUUACGAGAUUUGAAUGGCGCCAAUUGUUUAAUUGAUCUGUAACUGGUUGCAUUUCUCUCUCACUUCAGAGGAUUAUUGCUUCACUAUUGUAGAGUUACUUUUCAUGUUGAGGCCGGUAUAUUAUGUUUUUGAGUCAAUCCUGAUUUGUGCUUCCAUUGAUUUGUUCCUAACUGUCGGAGUUUGGAUGUUUUGGAAAUCUUUUUUCAUAGCUGAGGAUCUUUAUCUCGGCUAAUCAGCAACUGACGUCGUAUCAGUAGAUGUGGUUUAAGGCCUGUUAACUAGAUGUUGGAUUUAAAUUUACAAAUUGUAUUUUCGUUAAGCUGAAAAUUUGCUAUAUUCUGUGGAUAUUUCGCAAUUGCAGUUUUCAAACUAUCCUGACUAAUUCGAUCAUUGACGGUCUGAUUGAUUCUUUGACAGGUAGUAAGAAAUGGCAGAUACUGAGGAUAUUCAACCACUCGUCUGUGACAAUGGAACUGGAAUGGUCAAGGCUGGAUUUGCUGGAGAUGAUGCUCCUAGAGCCGUGUUCCCAAGUAUCGUUGGUCGCCCCCGACACACUGGUGUGAUGGUUGGCAUGGGCCAGAAAGAUGCAUAUGUCGGGGAUGAGGCCCAGUCGAAGAGAGGUAUUCUAACUUUGAAGUAUCCAAUUGAGCACGGUAUUGUGAGCAAUUGGGAUGACAUGGAGAAGAUCUGGCAUCACACUUUCUACAAUGAGCUUCGUGUAGCUCCUGAGGAACACCCUAUUCUUUUGACUGAAGCCCCUCUGAACCCCAAGGCAAAUCGUGAAAAGAUGACUCAGAUCAUGUUUGAAACCUUCAAUGCCCCUGCUAUGUACGUUGCAAUUCAGGCUGUUCUUUCCCUCUAUGCUAGUGGACGUACAACUGGUAUUGUUCUUGACUCUGGUGAUGGUGUCAGCCACACUGUUCCAAUUUAUGAAGGUUAUGCUCUUCCACAUGCCAUCCUUCGUCUUGACCUUGCUGGUCGUGAUCUGACUGAUUAUUUGAUGAAAAUCCUCACUGAGCGUGGUUACUCAUUCACCACCACUGCCGAGCGGGAAAUUGUCAGGGAUGUAAAGGAAAAGCUGGCAUACAUUGCCCUUGAUUAUGAGCAAGAAUUAGAAAUUGCAAAGACUAGCUCUGCCAUUGAGAAGAGCUAUGAGCUGCCUGAUGGACAGGUGAUCACAAUUGGGGCUGAACGCUUCCGUUGCCCUGAAGUACUUUUCCAACCUUCUUUGAUUGGUAUGGAAGCUGCUGGUAUCCAUGAGACAACAUAUAAUUCUAUCAUGAAGUGUGAUGUGGAUAUUAGGAAGGAUCUUUAUGGAAACAUUGUUCUCAGUGGUGGUACAACUAUGUUCCCUGGCAUCGCUGACAGAAUGAGCAAGGAAAUCACCGCUUUAGCCCCCAGCAGCAUGAAGAUUAAGGUGGUUGCUCCACCCGAGAGGAAGUACAGUGUGUGGAUAGGAGGAUCCAUUUUGGCAUCUCUCAGCACCUUCCAGCAGAUGUGGAUUGCCAAGGCUGAGUAUGAUGAGUCUGGCCCUUCGAUCGUGCACAGGAAAUGUUUCUGA